ACACCCAUAUCUGUGGAAAUCGACCACAGAUGGAAACCUAUCGAAUGAGUGGCCAUUUUUUAAUGUUAGACAUGUAUACAGCCACAUAUCCAGGCAUAUGCAUAUGCAUACACAUACGCAUGUAGGGGGCCUUUUUCCCUUCUCUCUACUCUUCUUUGAAUCUUGUGUACUAGUUUCCCAGAUCUCACACACAAAAGCCAUCCUCAUGUGGUAGGUUUUUCUUACAUACCCAUCCAUCAUCCGGAUCGGAGCAAGGGCAGCUAACAUGGACAGAAAGGGAAGUGCCAUUAGGAUCAAGAAGUGUGCUUAUGAUUUGCUCUCAAUUUGGGAUCUAAUCGAGGAGGACCAGGAGUCUUGGGAAUUGGUGGUGAGGGACCUCAGGCUAAGGUCCACAUUUCUUUACUGUGAUUUUAACAAACUCAUUUCCUCCUCUUCCCCUGAUCAGAAGCAAGCCCUCACAGACCUAGCCAACAAAUUAUUCAGCUACAUUGAACAGCUGGCCGGCGCCCUGAGAACCCGGAGUGUGGAUCAAACCCAAAACCUUUAUAACGACACGGUGCAUGUGUUGGAAGAAGUUGUUGCUCUUGUGUCCUGAGUUUUAUUUCCCAUUUUUUUGUCUCUGUUUUUUGUUUUCUUAAAUAUAUUUCCUUUGUUUUCUUAAUUAUAUUUCCAUGGCAAUGGUUUCCUA